UGGAGGCCGUUCCGAUGCAUUUGAGUUUCUCUCGUGGCCUCUCGUGGUCUUCGCUCGCAUAACGUUGAGAACGCUUAUAGAAAAAAAUUUCAACAAGAACAAAAUGAAAAAACGAAAAAGUGAACACGUCGUCGACGAAGGAACUCCUGAAAGAAAGAAAAAGGCGCAAGAUGAGAAGCAAAGCAAUCACAAGUCGGGCGAAUUCGCUCGAUCAUUGAAGGGUUUGUUGCAGAAAGAACACACAAGGCUUUCCGGUCUAAAAAAACUUCAGAAUGCCCUUAAAGAAUCAGAAGCCAAAGAAUCUGUUGGAGAUAUCAUUAAGGAAGGAGGAGAGUUUCAAGAAAUUUUCACCAUUUUAGAGAGAGGCCAACAUGCUCUUUCCAAGCUUGAGAUCCAAACCUGUAUGGAGAUUUUGGAGAGUAUUUUGCUCUAUACUGCAGAGGAAAGCCAACUUGCUAAUAGACUGGGAGUGUCAAUAGUACAACGUGUUCUACAGGGUCACAUGAAGUUGUUGUAUUCAUGCCUUAACCCAGGGAAUCCUCCUGAAGUUAUAAAGGCUGCAUUAAAACUAAUCACUGCUAUGGUCACACAAGGUUCAUCUGCUGCAAGAGAAGUUCAAAGCUCGUUUGACUUUACUUUGAAGUCUCUUGGGGCACUACCCAACAAACGUGACAGUAAUUCAGUGCAAGAUGUGAGGACUUGUUUUAUAUACUUUUGUCUCUCAUUUCUGAUGUUUGGUGACUUGGCUGUCAUGAAACAAAUCCUAGAAGUAAAAGGAUUUCUUCAGUCAGUAUUGAAAGGUCUGUCUCUUGAUAAACCGGAGAUAGUUCAUAUUGUGUUGUCCACCCUGCAAGGAAGAGUGGUCCACAAUUCUGGGAUUACAAAGAAAACCAAAGUGCAGUUCUUCAAUUCCCAUGUCCUUUCACAAUUGGCAAAUCUUUAUCAGUACACAAAGGAUACAGAAGAAAAUAGCAGUGAGGAACAGACCUCAGAUCCAACAGUGCGGCAAAAAGUACAUGACCUUUUGUUGAAAGUAUGUGGGUCUUUCAAGUUUGGAAUUUGUUUUUCCAAUGUGACUGGGGCAUUUUCCACCAGGAGUAAUAAUCCAGUGUUGUUAAGGUUCCUUCAAACCUUAUCCUCAGAAACAACAGAUGUACUUGUCCAAGAACUUGUGAUAACUGUGUUGUGUUGUUGCCAUGAUGUUGUGAGGCCCUUUUUGUCCAGUUUGACAGCAACAUAUGAACCAAGGCUUUCUAUGCAGUGGAUUGCAAACAUGAACCUGUUGACAAAGGUUUACAUAGCACUGCCACAACCUUCACUAAUGGUGGAGAAGUCUGGUGUGAAGAUGACAAAAGAAACAUUGCCAUCCUUGAUAAACAUGGUAGCUCCUGUUGGAAUAAGCCGUACAAGUUUGAGUCGUGGUGUUCAGCAUGCAAGUUAUCUAGUGAAGCACACAACAUUGUCACUGGUAAUAGUAAUCUUGGACAGAGCACAGGAUGCUGUGCAGUGUUUGGCCUCCAGUGAUGAUACUGCAGAGGACCUGGCCAACACAACAGAUGCUUCAUUAGUGCAACAGUUCAGAGAAGAGGUUGUUAAGGCAUUACCUGAUGUAAACACUUUCAUCUCACUGAGGCAGAACCUUGUUAGUGGUAAAGCAAAAGGAGAUUCACAAGGAGAAGAAAUGGCAAGUCCAACAAUCCUUCUUGCUCAAAGUCUAAAGAUAAUCCAUGGCUUUCAGCUGUUAAGUCCUUCACUCCUUUCUCAUAUCAACUUUGACCUGAAAAAGUUGUUGUCAGGACAACAGGAAACAACAUUGCCAGUCAUUGCACAGCAAUUAACUCUACAGAUCUUGCUCCAUGCACCAUAUGGUAGCUUAAAGUGGUUUCAACAGAAGGGAAAAAGCUCAACAUCCUUUCUUUACUCAAUACUUACCUUGUACACAUCAGCAAGGAAUGAAAAUUUAAAAACAGAUGCGCAGCAGCUUGUGCAGAAGCUCCUCAGUGAGACUGGACUUCUGAAGGGCCUGCCCCAUGCAAAUGAGGUGAAAGUUUGGCUGAGUCAUCUGUGUCACAGUCAGUUUGAAGGACACAUGGAGACACUUUUGAGGUUUCUAGAUGAAGUAUUUACCGCAGUAGUUACUGAGCCAUACUUGUACUCAGACGCUGUAAUCGACUUGCAAGCUGAAGCAGUUUCACAUGAGGCAAGUGCUGUGCAGUUUAGUUUGGACUUGACAGAGUGGACUCGGUCUUCUGAUUCAAGGUUGUAUAGCAAAGUACAUGAAUUGUGUCAUCUCAGAUAUGAUUCACAGUGCAAUGAAUUCAACCAUUUUAUGCUUUGUGGUGUGCCAUUACAUUGGUGGCACUGAAGUACCACAACAUGUGGCUAUAGUUAGGAGUGUGCAUAAAGCUUUGCUGCAUUAUCUAAGUUACUGGGUGCCCAGCUCAGAUAAGCUACAGGACAAGAUUGAUUUUCUAAAGCUACCCCCAAAGACCAGUAACAACAUCUUAAAGCAGCUACAAAGCUUCUUGAGCAGGACAACGGUGCAUAAUGAGCAAGAGAAAUCGACAGUGUUGGCUGAAAUGAACCGCCAUCUUGAGCUCUUGGAUGGAGAACAGCUGGGAGCAGUUAUUACUGACUGUGUUGACUUCUGUAAAAACCAGCUUAGUGGACAGUUUUCUCCCCUUGUUCAAGUUCUACAAGUUACAAAUUACAGAAUUACAGGUUCCAGUGGUACAGAAGACAUUGUCCCUUUGUUGCAAGCCCUUCCGUUUGGUGUCCUUAUUUGGCAAGUGCUUGGAGAGGCUAUACAAGGUGUAAAUAAAACUGCAAAUCAGUGUAAGACUUCAUCACCAGAUAUGUCAUCCUCUGAGAAUAAAACUUCCAGCCCUCUUGACAACUCAUGGAUCCAGAGCCUGUUAAUGAAGGCCUUAGAAAAAGAGCCAUUAGAAAAGACCAUUCCACUUUACUGCCAUGUCCUCAUGUAUUUGCGUACGCUUAAAGCAAAACUUAUCGUGAUUCGUACUUCAUCUGAACACUUCCUGCUUCACUCUGCUCUGCAACUAUGCUUUCAGCUUCUGCAGUGUCUGCUGCAGCGGUUGGCGUCACUCAAGCAUAAUCUGAAAGAGAGCGGGACGAAUGCUUUGAAAGAGACACCUAAUCAAGAAGAAAUUUAUUUUUCUUUUCAAAGUUUAGCCUGGCCGCAACAUUCCUGCAAACCUAUAAGGCAGGGAUACUUUAAUAUAGACAUUUUCCAAACAGUUCUCCAUCAUCCGGUGAUUUUCGAGUGCUUUCUUUGGAAACAGGAACAAUCUGGUCAGGUUCUCCGGAACAUUGGUGCACAGUGGACAUAUAAUGUGGCUAACUUGUUGCUAACUGUGCUACCAAGUCUGACUGUUCAACAGAAGAGGAUUCUGAUGGCUCCUUUUUUCAGCAAGAUUUGCAAGGAAGGAAUGCUUGAAAUUGAGUCUGCCAACAACGGAAACGUGAUAUCACCUUCCCAAGCUCUGUACCUUCUUGGUCUUUUCCACGAGUACUGUGACGAAGAAAAUCAAGUGAAGUUUAUGUCCCGUUUAUCUCAACUUCCCUCUGACGUACUGAUAACAAUUGAUGCGGUAUCAAGAGAAAAACUCCCAUCUGUGUUUCUCACGACUCUGUUGACUUUGCUGAAGGGUGAAUCAUGUUGUGAAGAUCAUCUUUCAACUUUGUCAUCAGAACGAAAUCCAUUUAAGACAGAAGAACCUCUUUUAUUGUCGCACUUCAAGCAGUUGGUCAAGAUUUCAGGGCAUGUGAACUGCCCACAUCUCGAUUACACAAUUUUAAAACUUUUGCAAAAGUCUUUGUUAUAUGUGAUGGGUUCAUCAGCCACUUUCUUAGACAUCUGUCUCGACCAAUCCACUAAAGCCAAAGUUGCUAUUGCAGCACACCUAGUUACGCACUCUCCAUCCCUACGGUCGCAUUUUGAAUGUCGCUGUUUGGAUAAACCGGUGCAGAGGAAGAAGGCCAAAGCACUUGGCAGUACCUCUACAAUGAUUCCAGUGGCGCUCAAGGAUCGUCUGGUGGAGUUUCUCCCCUUAGUGUCAUCGUACUUGUUUUGUAUACGAGGAAUAGGGAGAGAACAUUUAGGUAAUAGAACCCAGGAAGUUGUGUCCCAUUUGGUUGAGGUGUAUUGGUCACCGUUAUGGGAGUGGCUGGUUAGUGAUAGGGAAGGAAUCUUCAGUGACUCGGAGGAAUUAUGCAUGGACGUGCUUCGUGCUCUAACAGUAAACAUGCAAGAUAGCAAUCUUUUAGAAAAGCUGAACGAACUUUUGAUGAGAGCUUCGUUAUGGGACAGAUACCAGCAGAGAAUUUGUCGCCAACUUGUAACAAGCCAGUAUUGCAACUUCUCUACCAAUGAACAUGGAGUGGAUAUUAUUAGCAAAUUCUGUUUUGCAUGUAUGGAAUUCUUGUCCAUUAAUCUUAUUAAAACAGAUACAAACAGGGACAACGAACAAGUUAUUGAGGAAUCUCUGGAUUCUAUGGAAUGGAUUUGCGAGAAAGCAGUCCGUAUCAGUAUCGUGGAUGCAGAUUGCUCGACAACCUGGACGAACUUUGUAACUAACUCGUUAAGGCAGACUUGAUGGUCACAAUUGUAGAGUUAAGUCCCAGCUGCUGCAAGUCUUCGCACCUUCCUGUACUGUUUGCAGCCUAUUCUGCCAGCUUGUCAGGCACAG